CUCCGUCAUAUAUAAAUUCCUAAUUAACAGACAGCUUAACUAACUUGUUCACUUUGCUCCCUCACUGUAUUAUCCACUUUCUCAAAACCCUAAUUAAACCCUCCGAUGAGCAAUCUCUCCGCCGCCGCCGCUGCCGGCGAUGACCGGAAACCGAUCAAGCUCCCGAUUUCCGGCAAGCGCAACGUUCUCAUUACUAGCGCCCUGCCGUACGUCAAUAACGUCCCUCAUCUCGGCAAUAUCAUCGGAUGUGUGUUGAGUGCGGAUGUGUUUGCUCGGUACUGUCGUCUACGAGGAUACAAUGCGAUAUACGUGUGUGGAACGGAUGAGUACGGGACAGCUACUGAGACGAAGGCGCUGGAGGAGAACUGCACGCCUAAAGAGAUUUGUGACAAAUACCACGCUAUUCACAAAAAGGUGUACGAAUGGUUUGACAUAAAGUUUGAUGAAUUUGGACGCACUUCAACCCCACAGCAGACUGAGGUCUGCCAAGCCAUAUUUACAAAACUGAUGGAAAACAAUUGGCUUUCAGAAAACACAAUGCAGCAGCUUUACUGUGAUACAUGCAAAAGGUUUUUGGCUGACCGACUUGUAGAGGGUUCCUGCCCGACGCAAGGCUGCAACUAUGAUUCUGCGCGAGGAGAUCAAUGUGAAAAGUGUGGCAAACUUUUAAACCCUACAGAACUAAUAGACCCAAAAUGCAAGGUCUGUCAAAACACACCACGCAUCCGUGACACAGAUCACUUGUUUCUCGAACUCCCCUUACUAAAGGAUAAAUUAGUAGAGUACAUUAACAAUAUGUCGGUGGCUGGAGGGUGGACUCAAAAUGCUAUUCAAGCAACAAAUGCAUGGCUAAAGGAAGGUCUAAGACAACGGUGUAUAACCAGAGAUUUGAAGUGGGGGGUUCCUGUUCCACAUGAGAAAUACAAGGACAAGGUAUUCUAUGUUUGGUUUGACGCUCCAAUUGGAUAUGUUUCUAUUACUUCCUGUUACACGGCAGAGUGGGAAAAGUGGUGGAAGAACCCUGAGAAUGUAGAAUUGUAUCAAUUUAUGGGCAAGGAUAAUGUACCUUUUCAUACUGUUAUGUUUCCAUCCACACUUCUUGGAACUGGUGAAAAUUGGACCCUGAUGAAAACUAUCAGCGUUACUGAAUACUUGAACUAUGAAGCAGGGAAGUUCUCAAAGAGUAAGGGUAUAGGAGUUUUUGGAAAUGAUGCAAAAGACACUAACAUUCCUGUAGAAGUGUGGAGAUAUUAUUUGCUAACUAAUAGACCAGAGGUAUCAGACACGUUGUUUACAUGGGCGGACUUGCAAGCAAAGUUAAAUGGUGAAUUGUUAAAUAAUCUUGGAAAUUUCGUCAAUCGUGUGUUGAGCUUCAUCGCCAAAGAUCAAGCUUCAGGAUAUGGCUCCAUCAUCCCUGAUGCACCAGGUGCUGAAUCACACCUCCUUACAAAAAAUUUGGGUGAUAAAGUUGGUAGCUGUGUGGAGCAAUAUAUAGAAGCUAUGGAGAAGGUCAAGCUAAAGCAGGGACUGAAGCUUGCAAUGAGCAUUUCUGGUGAGGGAAAUGCAUAUCUGCAAGAAAGCCAAUUCUGGAAGCUUUACAAAGAAGACAAGGCUUCCUGUUCUAUAGUUUUAAGGACUGCAGCAGGACUGGUCUAUCUGCUUGCUUGCCUGCUAGAACCAUUUAUGCCAUCCUUCUCUGCUGAGGUACUUAAACAGCUGAACAUGCCUCUUGAAACACAAGUUACACUUACAGACGAAAAAGGAGAUAUUGAGAGGUCUAAAAGACCAUGGGAGUUGUUACCUGCUGGUCACAAGAUUGGAACUCCUGCUCCAUUAUUUAAGGAGCUGUCGGACAAGGAUGUGGAGUCUUUCAGGCAAAAGUUUGCUGGAAGCCAAGCUGAUAGAAUUGUGAAAGCAGAAGCUGAAGCAAAACAAAUUACUGAACAGCUGAAAAAGGCGAAAGUAUCAGAUGGAAAUGUAAAAAAAGAACGAACCAAAAAAUCUGCUUCCGAAAAUAAACCCAAGGCAGCUGAACAAGAAAUCUCCAUAAGUAGGCUUGAUAUCCGUGUUGGUCUCAUCACAAAGGUUCAGAAGCAUCCUGAUGCCGAUUCCUUAUAUGUUGAAGAAAUUGAUGUGGGCGAGGGUCAACCUCGAACAGUUGUGAGCGGACUUGUUAAAUUUAUUCCUCUUGAAGAAAUGCAGAACCGUAAGGUAUGUGUUCUUUGCAAUUUGAAGCCUGCAACCAUGAGGGGUAUCAAGUCACAUGCUAUGGUUCUUGCUGUUUCAAAUGCUGAUCACUCUAAGGUUGAAUUGGUUGAUCCACCACAAUCUGCACCUGUUGGAGAAAGAUUGACCUUUUCUGGCUUUGAAGGCGACCCUGAUGACGUUCUUAACCCUAAGAAAAAGGUCUGGGAAACCAUUCAGCCUGACUUGCACACUAACAAGGAACUGAUAGCCUGCUACAAAGAUUUGCCUUUCACUACAUCAGUCGGAGUUUGCAAGGUCUCGUCAAUAUCUGAUGGAUCAAUACGAUAGAUAUGUCUACAGAAAAGCUGGAGCAUCUUGGCCCGAAUGUUUUAGCAAAGUUAAGAUUUUCUGAUCGGGGUUGCCCUAUACUAUAUUGUUACCAGCAACAUUUUUCAGAUGAUUUUGUCAUCUGUAAAUUGUCUAAUGCUUUAUAAGAAUUGUGCACAUUUGAAUUUUGUAUGUUAUCUUUUGUGCUUGUGAAAUUUUUAAUAGAGCUAAUAUGAGUUACCAGACUUCAGAAAUCAUUAUAUCAGCUGGUUAUAUUUUUUGA